UGUGACCCCAAGUUUGAAUUCUCCAUAACUAUAGACAGCUUUCAUUUCUUUUCAUAAUUAAUUACAAAAAAAAAAAGACAGCUUUUUUUUUGGUUUGGUUUGGGACAGCGUUGUGUUGUGUUUGGUGUGAAUAGCAUAGCAUUGGGUAUCGUGUCGUAAAGUGUUGGGUUUCUUAGCGUACACCGUGUGCCGCAUCUUCAUCGCACACAAUGCACCUGCUUCUCCAUUAUGCUUCAUCAUUUGAAUGAACCCUUUUUCUCCAUACCAUUCGCUUCCCUUUUGUUACCCUUUUUGUUUAGUGAAUGAUUUGUCUUUGUUUCCACAGCUUGUAGAAACAAAAACUGAAUUCUUUUGAAUAAAGUACAAAUUCUAAGAUAGACCAAGAAUAUUCAGACACUCCAAGUUUUCCCUCUUCGGAAGAAAAUGGGAAUGGGAACUAGCACCUUUGUUACUAGAUGGAUCAACUUUCUCACCAUGUUACUGCUUUCUUUCCCUAGCCGUUUAUUUGUGUACUGAAGAUGAAAAACACAACUGAGACCCACGGGAUGCAAGGCUCAAAGCAGUGUGUAAUCGGGGAAGAUGAAAACAGAAAAAGAUGAGAAAACAUCUCCAGCUGUUUUUAUUUUCUGGUUUGCUAAAGAACUUGUUUUGGAAACAAUUUUCAAAACAUAAUAGAUUUCAUAUGAGAACCUGAUUGACUUGUGGUAUGGAAAUCUUGUUUUAAACAAUUUUCAAACCUAAAAAGUGAGAAGGGAAUCAAUCAGGCUGCACGUAUUUUAUUAUCUUUGCUUUUACGAUUUCUGAUUGUUUAUGCUAAUUUCUUGUUCACCUUGCGCAGCUUUUGGCCAUUGUUGUGAUAAUUUUUGGAGUGUGGAUGAGCACUCAUCAUGAUGGCUGCAGAAAGUCUCUCACUUUGCCUGUGAUAGGCCUCGGAGCAGUUAUUUUCUUGAUAUCUGUAGUUGGCUUUUUGGGUGCCCUGAAAGACAUCUCCAUACUCUUAUGGGUUUAUCUGAUUACGCUGUUCAUUGUCUUGGUGGGAAUCCUGGUCUUCACAGUAUUGGUGUUCAUCGUCACCAACAAUGGAUCAGGCCAUAGCGUGACUGGCUUGAGGUAUAAGGAGUAUCAGCUUCAGGAUUUUAGUUCUUGGUUUCUCAAAGAGUUAAACAAUUCUCAUAAUUGGGAGAGGUUGAAGGUUUGUCUUGUCAAAUCUGAAGACUGCAAUAACCUAUCCAAAAAAUAUAAGACUCUUAAACAAUAUAAAUCAGCUAAAUUGACGCCAAUUGAAGCUGGUUGCUGCCGACCACCUUCUCAGUGUGGAUAUCCUGCUGCAAAUGCAUCCUACUAUGACUUGACUUUUCAUCCAGUUAGCCCCAACAAUGACUGCAAGCGAUACAAAAAUUCUCGAGCCAUCAAAUGCUAUGACUGUGACUCUUGCAAGGCUGGUGUAGCACAAUACAUGAAAACCGAGUGGCGAGUUGUUGCUAUAUUUAAUGUUGUUUUAUUUGUUGUCUUGUCAAUUGUAUACUUUGUGGGAUGCUGCGCGAGACGAAAUGCAGCCAGAAGGCAUUCUAAAGCUUGAAUGGAACCCGCAUGAAGCUAUCAUCAUAAUGCUUUUUCAAUUUUGAAGGGGAAAAUUCGUGCUAUCUUUAGAGGACCCCUUGAUGGGAUUCGUGUUAGCUUGAAUGUGAACACCAUCAUCACUUCAAUUGUUAAUAUCUUUGAUGUUAUUAUUUGAUUUGAUGUGAAUAGAAAAUCCAAAAUUAGCAAACAUUUUGGUGGUUAUGAUGUCUUGUUCGUUUGCUUAUUAUGAGAAGACAAAUAACCUUUUAUCAAUUCCACGUAUUUCACAGCA